AUGUUCCGCUCGGUAGCCAUGUUGAUCAGCACAUUCGACAUCUCCGAAACGAACUGCGACAGGCUGGGGGCAUCGCUGGGCGCGCUGAUCUCAGCCUCCGGCAGCAUGGUGGUGCACACGUCCUCGUACCGCGGGCAAGUAAUGUUGCCGUUCCCACCGAAGUCGCCGUGCGCCCUCAGAGACUUCCCCUCCGGGCAGAAGUAA